UCUCCGUCCCGGCUGCGGCCCCUGCCGGUUACAUAACCCGUCGCGGGGGCCCCGCAGUUCCACGUCUGGCUUCCCGGCUCCCCCAGGAUGCGCUGAGCCCCGCGACGCCGUACGCUGCCGCCGGCUCCCGUCCGAGGUGUGAAUGACAGAGGUGGUGCCUUCCAGUGCCCUCAGCGAGGUCAGCCUGCGCCUCCUUUGCCACGAUGACAUAGACACCGUGAAGCACCUGUGUGCCGACUGGUUCCCCAUUGAGUACCCAGACUCAUGGUAUCGUGACAUCACGUCCAACAAGAAGUUCUUCUCUCUUGCUGCAACCUACAGAGGUGCCAUCGUGGGGAUGAUAGUAGCUGAGAUAAAGAAUAGGACCAAAAUACAUAAAGAGGAUGGAGAUAUUCUAGCCUCCAGCUUUUCUGUGGAUACACAAGUUGCAUACAUUCUAAGCCUGGGAGUGGUGAAAGAAUUCAGAAAACACGGCAUAGGUUCCCUUUUACUAGAAAGUUUAAAGGAUCAUAUUUCAACCACUGCCCAGGACCACUGCAAAGCCAUCUACCUACAUGUCCUCACCACCAACAAUACAGCAAUAAACUUCUAUGAAAACAGAGACUUUAAGCAGCAUCACUAUCUGCCGUAUUAUUACUCCAUCCGAGGGGUCCUCAAAGAUGGCUUCACCUACGUCCUCUACAUCAAUGGCGGCCACCCUCCCUGGACCAUCUUAGACUACAUCCAGCACCUGGGCUCGGCGCUAGCCAACCUGAGUCCCUGUUCCAUCCCACACAGGCUCUACCGCCAGGCCCACAGCCUGCUCUGCAGCUUUCUGCCAUGGUCCGGCAUCUCCACCAAAGGUGGAAUCCAAUACAGCCGGACCAUGUGAUGCCAUUGGGGCGACCUCCCCCAGGCCUCUGUCCUCAGCACUUUGUGGAGCCUGUUUUCCUGUCUGUCUGACUUCUGCUGUCCUUUGCAAGGAGCUGGUGGCCACCUGCCGGCCCGUCGGCCUGCCCCAGCUGCAGGCCCGGU